ACCCUUUAAAAGAACCAGAUUUGUUUGUGUUAAACACUCAUUUGUGGAGCAGCACCUUAAACAGAGCAACAUGGCUGGACAUGCUGUGAGCUCUUUCGGGUUUUUAUGCAUCUCAUGUCUGAUUGGAGGGGUAAUUUCACUACCACUGAAAGAGUUUGGCUCAAACGAUCCUUUCCCAGCAUUGAGUGACUACAGCAGUCCUGGCUCUGCUUAUCCCAAAGCUGGUGAUGGAGGCAUGGUGUUUUCUUAUGGCAGAGCAAUGCAAGAGUACUACGGACAAGAGCCUUCAGCUUGGUCCAAACGGAACAGUGACGCUAAGGCUGAUGGAGCGGUCUACUCAAAUGAAGGCUCGGAUAUGGAUGCUGGAGACUCUGUCUGGGCCAAGAACGGUGGUAUGGACUUUGGUAGUGAUGGUUACUACCCUGUUCCUGAAGGCUACUCUGAGGAGCUAGUCCCCGCCAUGGAGGAGGAGACCCCGGAAGAGGAGGAGGAGCCCGUGUUGAGCGACGUCUCUGACCUGGAUCCGGUCUACCACUUCAGUUCCAGGUCCCGCUACCAGCAAGGCAGACAGGCCUUCUUCCUAACCAGAUACAACCCCGGAGAGCCUACGGUCGGCUCUGCUGACAUGGCAGACCCCAACAGUAAUGGAAUGGGAAAUGGUAAAGGAUGGCCCGUUGUUACAGAACAGCCUGGGAAGGGUGGCUACUGAUCAACUGCAAUGUCUGCCGUUUCUCAAAGGAAUUCGUAGCAUAAUCUGCUGCACAUGAAUAAAUAGUUUUCUUCGA